GGGUUGGGUCGGGGUGGGGCAGCAGCGGCAGCAGCAGCAGCAGCAGCGGGGUGAGAGGUUGCGGUUGUCCCGGGCUCUGCCUCCCUCCGCUCCGCCCGGCCCGGCCCAACCGCAGCGCAUGCGUCCGGCCCGGCAGAGCCGCAACAUGGCGCGAGUGGCCGGUAGCGGGCGGCGGGACGGAGCUGGAGCUGGAGCUGGAGCGGGGACAGGAGCGGGUCAGCAACCGGUAGGAGCGCAGCAUCCACCGGGCGCUCCGGGGCUGCAACCGGGCGGAGCAAGACCGCAACCGGACACAACGGGCGCAACUGGACUUCAACCGGGUGGAAGAGGACUGAAACCGGGAGCAACGGGCGGAGAAAGUCCGCAAACGGGCGUAACGGGACCAGACCCGGGCGUAACGGGACCAGGUCCAGGUCCAGGAGCGAGCGGGCACGGGUGGCCGCAGCGGGAGGCGCUGCCCGUGGGGAACUGUCCGCCCGGGUUGUCGCUGCCGCUGCCGGUGGCGGGCGGGCGGAGGAGCCAGAAUACACGGCUGGCCACCCGCUACGCCGUGAAGAUUUUCCGCGACUACCUGAGCGAGCGGGAGGAGCGGGCGGAUUUCGAGCGGCUCGACAAGGCGGGGCUGUGCCGGGCGCUGCGCUCCUUCUACGCCGAGGCGCGCUCCAAGAGCGGCCAGGUGUACAGCAAGUCUUCCCUCAUCAGCAUCCGCAGCUCCCUCAACCGGCACCUCAACCAGCCGCCACACUGCCGCACCCUCGACCUCACCAAGGACCCCGAGCUCCGCAGCGCCAACCUUGCGCUGGCCGCCGUCAUCCGCAAACUCGAGGAGCAGGGAGCCGGGCCCGUCAUCCAGAAACAAGCCAUCACCAGGUGCGACUUGAGGAAGCUCUACACUUCGUGCAGCCUGGACUCAAAUACACCCUUUGGAUUGCUCAAUAAGGUGUGGUUCGAGAUCUGUAUGUACUUCUGCACGAGGGGACGGGAGAACCAGAGGGAACUGGAGGAGGACUCGUUUGGCUUGGCCACGGAUGAGGAUGGUAGAAGAUAUGUCUACUAUAAAGCCUGUGGACCUUACCAUAAAUCCCGCAUGGUGACGUGGAGCAAGAAGAGAAUGUACGAGACUGGCACGGAGUUCUGCCCGUACGCCAGUUUUGUUAAGUACGUCUCAAAGCGUAACCCUCUCUGUAAGGCGUUCUUUCAAAGACCUAGGGACCACUGCAGCGAAAGUGACAUGGCCUGGUUUGAGAACAAAGCCAUUGGGAAAAAUCUGUUGGGUACCCGGAUGCAGAUGCUGUCCAAAGCUGCCAAACUUUCCAAGACUUACACCAACCACUGCAUAGGAGCGAUCUCCAUUGCCACCCUGAGCAGCAUUGCGGGCAUUGGCAGCAGGCUGGUGCCUCGUAGAUCUCCCCAAAACACUCAGGGUUCCCGUCCGCAGCGACCUUGUGCCGGGCAGGACCUCGGUGGAGGGGUUGUAGGGACGAAAGUGGAGCAAACCGCGACUCGCACUCUUUAUCAGCCCGUCUCAUCACACAACACGAGGCGUUCGCCAAAGCGACUAUGCAUCCGCUCUUCCGAUCCCGCAUAUUCCCAGAACGUGAUUCCGCUUGGCAACGGCUCACAGGAAUCCAUGCUUCCGGAAUCUGGUGACCUCCUUGGAGCCAAUCCAUCAAUAAUCAUAUCGACGAUCCAGGAUUAUCGGCAUAAUAUGUCCCGGCCGAUGCUGACUCGCUCUCCCGUGUCCCCGCUGGGAAACCAAGGCAUCCCAAUGCCAGCACAGCUGACCAAGUCUAACGCUCCCGUGCACAUCGAUGUGGGAGGCCACAUGUACACCAGCAGUCUGGCCACUUUAACUAAGUUUUCCGAUUCAAGGAUCGGCCGGCUCUUCGAUGGCACGGAGCCCAUUGUCCUCGACAGCCUCAAGCAGCACUACUUCAUCGACAGGGACGGGCAAAUGUUCCGCUACAUUCUCAACUUCCUCCGGACGUCCAAACUCUUUAUUCCUGACGACUUCAAAGACUACAGCCUGCUAUACGAAGAGGCUCGCUACUUCCAGCUGCAGCCUCUGCUGGCCGAGCUGGAACAUUGGAAACAGGAACAGGAGCUGAGCCCCUUCUCGCGCCCGUGCGAGUGUCUGGUGGUGCGUGUGGCUCCGGACCUGGGCGAGCGCAUCACCCUGAGCGGAGACAAGGUCCUGAUCGAGGAGGUCUUCCCCGAGAUCGGAGACGUCAUGUGCAACUCCAUCAACGCCGGCUGGAACCACGACUCCACCCACGUCAUCCGUUUCCCCCUCAACGGCUACUGCCACCUCAACUCCGUGCAGGUCCUCGAGCGGUUACAAAUGAAGGGCUUCGAAAUAGUGGGAUCAAGCGGUGGCGGCGUUGACUCUUCCCAAUUUAGUGAAUACGUACUGAGGCGGGAAAUCAGGAGACUAUCUCGCAUCCCGCCAGUCAUCCGGAUAAAACAGGAACCAUUGGACUGAACUGACACAUCCAUGAAUUGAAAGAGAGAGAGAGAGAGCGGGAGAAAAAAAAUCUU